AUGCUGGGCAGGCACUGUCAAAAAGUAAAUCUCAGCUGGUGUCAAUACAUAAACUCGCAAGGAAUAGAGGCUCUAGUCGAUGGAUUUACAAUGCUGAAAAUUAAUGGGUUACCCAAGUUGAACGAGACGGCCUUGGCAAAGAUUGGAAUGUUAAAGAAUCUGAGAGCAUUAUCACUUGAUGCAUGUCCCACUUUAACCGGCUCACACAUUACCGCCCUUCUUCGUGGUGAUUCUCAAUAUCCUGAACACGACCCGCCGCCGUUGACUCACCUCAAUCUGUCAACAACCACAAUCUCACCGACCUGCUCGUCCCUAGCCGAAGAAGGGUCCUAUCCGUUUAUCUCAGAAAUGUACAAAAAUCGAAGCACUCGAUCUGGAAGACGCUCUCUCUAUCACAGACCGCACACUACAUUCUUUCGCAUCAAACCUCCUAACCUCAAACUAUGUUGCGAACGAAUAACAGACGAGGGUGUAAUUGACCUCUUCAGAUCAUGCCCAUAUCUAUCCCAUAUCGACCUAGACCACUGUCAACGUAAACGGAAUAGGAAUGUGCAAGAGGAAAGAUUCGGCUGCAGGAAUAUUACAGUAUCCGCCGUAAAGGAUGCAAUACCGAAAGUGAGUGGUGCCGGAGUAAUCCUUAAAUCAAAGGCUACUACUCUUGGCAGGCUAGCAAUGCCGACGACGAGGAAGAGGAUAGCAGGAAGAAUGCAAAUGGACAAACGUGGCUUACCAGAAGAUUGCUAA